AUGUUCAUGAGCGAGAGCGUCUUCGACUUCCAGGCCACGUCCAUCCGCGGCGAGCCCGCGGACCUGGCCUCCCAGCGCGGCAAGGUGCUGCUGGUGGUCAACACGGCCAGCGAGUGCGGUUUCACGCCGCAGUUCAAGGGCCUGGAGCAGCUCUGGCAGGACUACGGCCCACAGGGCCUGGUCGUCAUCGGCUUCCCGAGCAACGAAUUCGGCGGCCAGGACCCCGGCGGCAACGACCAGAUAGCCAGCUUCUGUGAGCUGAACUACGGCGUCAGCUUCCCGAUGAUGGCCAAGAUCAAGGUCAACGGCAGCGAGGCCCACCCGCUGUGGAAGUUCCUGAAGAGCGAGAAGCCGGGCUUCCUGGGCACCGAGGUCAUCAAGUGGAACUUCACGAAGUUCCUCGUCGGGCGCGACGGCCAGGUCAUCAAGCGCUUCGCGCCCAACGAUGCGCCCGAGAAACUGCGCGGCGACAUCGAAGCGGCUCUGGCCGCCAAAUGA